UCCCCCGCCCGCUGACGGCUGACCGGCCCCCCCGCGGACCGGGCCCCCCCCCCGACCGACCCCCCGCUGCCCUCAGGCCGAGCACAGGGGCGACAGGAUCGUUCCAGCUUCAAAGAGCGGAUCCGAUUUGGAGGGGGGCAUGGCCCAGGGGAAUAAUUAUGGGCAGAGCAGCAAUGGGAUAGCUGAUGAGUCGCCCAAUAUGCUGGUCUACAGAAAGAUGGAAGAUGUGAUAGCCCGCAUGCAAGAUGAGAAAAAUGGGAUCCCUAUUCGAACGGUUAAAAGCUUUCUUUCUAAGAUACCCAGCGUGUUUUCUGGCUCAGACAUUGUUCAGUGGCUAACGAAGAACUUAACUAUAGAAGAUCCUGUGGAGGCCUUGCACCUGGGAACUUUAAUGGCAGCCCAUGGCUAUUUCUUUCCCAUCUCAGAUCACGUUCUCACGCUAAAGGAUGACAGCACUUUUUACCGUUUCCAAACGCCCUAUUUUUGGCCAUCCAAUUGUUGGGAGCCGGAAAAUACAGACUAUGCCGUUUACCUCUGCAAACGAACAAUGCAGAACAAAGCCCGGCUGGAACUGGCAGACUACGAAGCGGAGAGUCUGGCGAGGUUGCAGAGAGCUUUUGCCCGGAAAUGGGAGUUCAUCUUCAUGCAGGCGGAAGCACAAGCCAAAGUUGACAAGAAAAGAGACAAGAUAGAAAGGAAGAUACUUGAUAGCCAAGAAAGAGCAUUUUGGGAUGUACACAGACCUGUGCCCGGGUGUGUGAACACCACUGAAGUGGAUAUCAAGAAGUCAUCCCGAAUGAAGAAUCCCCACAAAACCCGGAAGUCUGUCUAUGGAUUACAAAAUGACCUCAGAAGUCACAGCCCAACCCACACACCCUUACCGGAAACGAAGCCUCCAACAGAAGAUGAGUUACACCAACAGAUAAAAUAUUGGCAAAUACAGUUAGACCGGCACCGAUUAAAAAUGUCCAAAGUUGCUGACAGUCUGCUAAGCUACACCGAGCAGUACGUGGAAUAUGAUCCGUUUCUAGUGCCACCAGACCCCUCAAAUCCCUGGAUGUCAGACGACACAACCUUCUGGGAGCUGGAAGCAAGCAAAGAGCCCGGCCAACAGAGAGUGAAGCGAUGGGGUUUCGGCAUGGACGAGGCACUGAAGGAUCCCGUGGGCAGAGAACAGUUCCUCAAAUUCUUAGAGUCCGAAUUCAGCUCGGAAAACUUGAGGUUCUGGCUUGCCGUGGAAGACCUGAAGAAGAGAACGAUCCGAGAAGUUCCCACUAGGGUCCAGGAAAUAUGGCAGGAGUUUCUGGCUCCGGGAGCCCCCAGUGCCAUUAACCUGGACUCCAAAAGCUAUGACAAAACCACCCAGAAUGUGAAAGAACCGGGACGGUACACUUUUGAAGAUGCUCAGGAGCACAUUUACAAACUGAUGAAAAGUGACUCCUAUCCACGUUUUAUACGAUCCAGUGCCUACCAGGAGCUGCUACAGGCAAAGAAAAAGCCGAAAAACAACCCAAGCCUCUUCUCAGCCCGCAACUGACAAGCCCUAUACACAACCGACAAUCACCUACAGCUACACAGAACUGUCAUUCAAUUCUGCUACCAUGGCAACCCAUUGCCCAGUGACAGCAGGGCUUCAGAAACAAGACCGGCUUCCUGUCCAGAGACUGACAGAGCGUGGUGUCAUUGGGACAUCAAGACUUAGACCAUCUGAAGUUUUAUAGUGCCAUUAUAGCCUCCGACCUUCUUGGAGACCGUGAGACCCCUGCACUGACAAUCAACGCAACUUCCAAAUUUCAGAGCAGUUUCACCAAACACCGUCUCUGUGCCCCGUUUAAUGUCACGUGGGAACACAGGGCCUCAGCUAACGGUCCAACAUGGGAGCAAUUUUUGCCCUAGCUACUUUUCCCUCAGGGAGACCUAAGGAGAACGAGCGACCAAACAAAGAAGCAGAUCCUCAGACCAUGCGCGUAACAGUGGACAGCAGUGAGACCAAAACAAAAGAAAGAUCAGUCUGGCAUUCUCCUGUUGGAACUGAAGUAACUUUUAUAGAACCAGAACUUCGAAGCGCUCAGCCCAGCAGGAGGCAGAAAUGAAAACAGCUCCAGACACAACAGGGAAUAAAUACAACAGAGCACUAAAAGGACAGUGGCUGCGUUUCCCAUGAGCAAAGGACUGUCAGUCAUACAUCAGUCAUCUGAGCCACAUUAGCCCACACUGACAGAAUCUUACCGGACAGCGAUCUUUAUGCUAAAACCAUAACUUUGUGUACCUCUUUGUUGUUCGGGCUAGUUAAGAUCUCCAAUGUACGGUCACUUGUAUAAACUGGCAAAAAGUACUAAAUGGAAGUAAAGUGUGUUGUUUCCAAAGA